UGAGAAUGUUCUUCAGAGAGUAAUGUGAACAAAAAAGAUAAUUAUUUUAUUCUAUAGAAACAACUUUAUAUUGGCGAUUCCUUUCCAGUCAAGGGAUAAGUGAAUCAGAAUGAUGAACGUUACUUGUUAUAUACUUCUUCAAUUAACUUUUAGUUCUUCUCUUAUUGUUUAACAUCAUGUUCAAGUCUUUGUUUCGUCAAAUGCAGCAAGCAUUAAUUCAACGCGGUUUAGAACCAUAUAUUUCAUAUGAAAUUGCACGAAACGCGUUUAAAAUGUUAUCAAAAGACAAGCAAAAACCAAGUCAAUCAACAAUUACAACAUUUUACGAUUUACCAAGCGACUAUUUAUGUGGGAUUAUUCUGAUUUUAAAAGUUCAAGAACAAAUUAAUAGUUUAGAAGGUUGGCAUCAUCAUUUAAAUACUGAUUUAAAUCAUAUCAUACAUCCACAAUUUUAUAUGUUUAUUCGUGCUAUUCAAAACGAUUAUGCAUAUAAUUCAGCAAUAUCAUCACGUCAUACAGCCACUGGUACAAUACCACCAAGAAAAAAGUUAUUUGUGAAUCGAAAUGCACCAUUACGCGAUUUAGAAAAUCGUUAUAAACAACAGGCAUUAACACUGGAAGAAUAUCUUGAAAAAGUGAUGCGAUUAAUUGGUAUCAAAAAGUUUUGA